AUGACUUUGCACACUGCUCUGCUGUUCCUAGAAGCUGUCUUCAUCAGCGUCUGCCCCCAAAGCCUUUCAUUAACCUCUCCCCAGCCCCUACUCUCUGGCGAGGACGGUGGCGGGGCUCCUGGAACGGGAGUACAGGAUCGGAGUAACAAUAACAAUAACCAUCACAACCAUACCAAUAAUAUUGGCGGAGGUYMUGGUGACACAGGGCUUUUGCAAGGGAAGAACAAGUUAUGUGUCCUGUACGAGGGUUCUUCAAGUGAGACGAAAGGACGAGGCUGCAACAUAACAGAAUGCGUCCCCGUGCCCAGCUCAGAACAUGUGGCCGAAAUAGUGGGGAGACAAGGUUGCAAGAUCAAAGCCUUGCGGGCCAAGACCAACACCUACAUCAAGACUCCCGUGAGGGGCGAGGAGCCGGUGUUUCUCAUCACGGGCCGAAAGGAGGAUGUGGCCCUGGCCCGGCGCGAGAUCAUCUCUGCCGCCGAGCACUUCUCCAUGCUCCGAGCUUCCCGCAACAAGCUGGGUGUGUCGUUCAGCGGUUCCCCGCCUGCGCCUCUGCCGGGCCAGACCACCAUCCAGGUGAGGGUGCCCUACCGCGUGGUGGGGCUGGUGGUGGGGCCCAAGGGUUCCACCAUCAAACGCAUCCAACAGCAAACCUGCACCUACAURGUCACCCCUAGCCGAGACCGUGACCCRGUCUUCGAGAUCACGGGAUCACCRAGCAACGCCGAGAGGGCCCGUGAGGAGAUCGAGGCGCACAUCGCAUUCCGAACGGGAGGUCUGCARGACCACAACAACGAGAAUGACUGCUUGGGGCCGGAUGGCGGCAGCCCAGUAGGCUCCGGGGGUCUGGAGAGRCGCCUGCAGCAGGUGUGGGGUCUGCAGGGGGGCCAGCGCAAGCCYUUGACCAGRAGCUUCCGCCAGAACUUCUCAGAUGCCAUGGUUGGAGGAGGYGAAGGAGGUGGGGUAAUCUWCAGCAAGGGCAACUUCAACAGCCCUGGAGAGAAGCCCUGCUCCUACUUUGGCUCAGAGGGCACCCAGAGUUGGGGAGACCCAGACUACCCAAAACAGGUGGCUUUCUAUGCCCAGCAGCGCUCCAAGAGCUUUGGAGGCCUGCCCCUGCCCCUAACCAGACUCUCUCCAGGCCUUUCUGACCCCUGUGGAGGGAACAACGGCAACUCCUCGGGCACCAGCAUCACUAUUCUGUCUGGCUCGCCUCAUGCCCAGGCCCGCCGUGCCCACAGCGAGCCAACCUCGGGAGCGGGGUUCCCUGGACGCCUCCCUGUACCGGACUCGCCACCGGCCAUCCUCCGGGACUGCAUGACCUGCUUCGAGAGCAAAGUGACGGCCGCCCUGGUGCCCUGCGGCCACAACCUCUUCUGCAUGGAGUGUGCCAUCCGCAUCUGUGAGCUCAACCAUCCAGAGUGCCCGGUGUGCCACACCCUGGUCUCUCAGGCUAUCCGAAUAUUCUCCUAAAAAACACCACGUCAGUUUUUAUCAUUCGUUUUAUCACAGUGUUUGUUCGACAAUUAUUUACUAUUAUUAUUAUUAUGAUUAUUAUUAUACUUUUCUUUUCUCAGAAAAUGUUAAAACAAACAAGCAGAUAUUUUAGAAGGCACUGCUUGCUUUACUAAAAAGUAUAAGAAAUAUUUUGAAUUUUUUCUUUUAUAUAUAUACAUAUAUAUUUUAUAAAAGUUUUGUUUAUAAGAAAAGUAUAGUACCUAGCAUUUUUUCAGUUUUUUUUUACUGCUGCUGUUUUUCAUUCACGAAUCACAGUAUGGGCGGAGUAGUAGGAACGUGAACAUUUUACGAUUCAGAUUUAUUUUACCAUGAAGUGGUUUUAUAUGGAGAAAAGGAAGGAGGUGAUAAUUGAGGUURAGUUUAACUCCCUGGUAUCUUAUCUGUACCUGAAUGAUAUGGGAAGUCAAAAUCAAACAGAAGGAAAAAGAUUGAAUCUUUCAUUGCACCUUAUAAUCGUCUUAGUUUCGGAUAGUCAGAUUAAUGAUUGUCAAUCAUCCKGAAAAAUAACGUAGCUGAUGAAAAGGUAAAUCCCUCAAUGUGGCUCGAAAAAAUGGAACAAGCUUUGAUAUUGUCAUUGAAAGUCUAAAUUUGUUCCAAUCGAAGGACAGACUAUUCCAUCAUUGUCAUCUUUCUGACAUUUGUGUCCCUUUACAAGCUCUUUGUUAUACCUGGUAGUCRUCCCUAAACACCUGUUAGAAUGGUAACAAUAUGGGACAGAAUAGCAGACAAACGCCUUUCUUUAUGCAGAUAUGUCUUACAGAUUUCCUUUUUCACAAAGAGGUGAAUGAAUGCAACACAUUGUAUUGCUGAAAUAUCACUGCAGUUUGGUGAAAAGUUACAGCGAUGCCUGUUCCUCGUGGCACUUGAAAAGCAUGUUUCUUUCGCCGGUGUUAAGCACUGAUUUAAUUUGUGAGGCCAAAASCCUUGGAAUUCAUCCAGUUGGCUAAUUUGGGAGAUCCGUCUCCCCGACGGACUAGUUUCAAAGCCAACUUAUACCCACUUUAUUGUCUUAUGUGGUAAUUUAGCUGUUAUCUGAACGAUGUAGGACAAAAAUGAGAGCCACUUUUGACAGGCAUCUCUCUGAGGUUUGCGCAGUUAGAGCGUCAGCCAUUAGAGUGGACAGAAGCUGAGGAAAACACUGAGCUGUUCUCUGAAUUGGUAAUAGAGUGUGCCUAAAUGGGCGAAAAGCUCCUAGAAUACAGUACCACCAUCCACAACGCUCCCUCGCCACCCCCGUCCAGCAGCUUUGUAUUUUAGCUCAGAGGCCUAUAAUUAUCAGAGCUGUGCAGAAGCAGGUGUUUAAUAGCCCCCUCUUUUUCUAUUUUCUUUGGGAGUGGCUUACCCCCCCUCGCUUACUGUUCGAUCGUUGGCUGUUGAAGGUAGUAAUGACUGCAGCUGACCCACAAUGCAUUGCCUCCCUGAGUGGGGCGUAUUGUCUGGGCCCAGCGGUGGCGUGGGCCCGGAGUGCUCGGACACGGCCCGGAGAGACUCAUUGAUAAUUAGGCAAAUUGUCCGGUCCAGGUGCGGACCGUGUGGCGACCCUGGUGCUGAAUGGGGGGUGAGACAGAGUCCCGGCGUGGGCUGCUGACCGCCCCACCCCUCUGUCACAGGCACAGAAGGUCCAGUCUGGGUGCAGCUGGGCGAAUGGGACCCCUCCUUCCAUAUCCCCCUCCCUCUUUCCUUCUCUGCUGCUCUGAGCUAUCCCUACUGGGGAGAGGGGCCUCCUUUGUCCCAACACUCAGGAAAAAAGCAGCAUAUGAAAGAAAGAGACCAACUGAACAGGCUGCCAGCUCUGAAAUGAGAGUGAGGGGACUUUGGAGAAAGAAAGGAUAUCUACAGUGUCAGUAGAUACAGUAAUUACCUAGUGUACAAUUCUGACACACAGAUCCAAUUCUUUGAAAUGCCCCACUGAACUAGAUGUCUCCAUGUGUUCUCAAUAAGAUAAGGGCAUGAAAACAUGCAGACAUAUAUCAUUUAAGAGUACGAGGAGUCUGAUCACUUGGAGUUCAUCGCCCCCCCAAUUUGGAUGGAGGCCUUUGUGACAGAGAGRGAGUGCAGAUCGAAGUUUCCAUAGAGAGCKCCCCCGCCCCCCUUUAUCUCCUGUCUGUAUGGGACAUCCUGCAGCUGCCCACUCACCACAGACACACAGGCUUAGCCAAUGGCAGGCUAGCACUGGGCCUUCAGAAUGAAAUCAGACGAUUGUAAUUGACAGGAAAGCGGAGGAAACGCCCCAUUUAGCCACCACUCAUGCUGAAUCAAAUUACACACCCUUUGCCUCUGCCUUAGCCCCAGCCUGGGGAUUUCAGAGGGAGGGAGGGGGGAUUAGAGCCGUUGGAGGAUAAGAGGGGGGCUUUUUGGGGUGGAGAGAGAGAAGGCUGCUCCCAAAGAAAAGAGAACCUGCAGAUCUAGUCUUUGUGAGAGGGGUAGUUAGAAGGCUGCUGCCUCAUGUUUGCUGGUGGUGGCAGGUGAACAAGGACAUGCUGGUGAUUCAGCUGGUCUCCCACUAACACUGCAUCAGAUCGCUCUAUUAAGUUGUUUUUUCAGGAGAACUCUUUUGCUCAACUUUUGUCCAUCAAAAUAUGAUGAAUAGUUACAAUAGACUGUUGUCCCUAGUCUAGGCAGCAACAGAGCCCCCCUUUCCCCAUUCUAUUGUCAGCAGACCACUCCUGUUGUCCAUGGACUGUGAAGAAAUAGAACUGUACUUUCAGAGUAUCUAAAUUUUAUUACAUAUUUAGAAAUCAAUUGACUAUUUAUUAAUGGGGAGAACUGCACAGUGGUUUGGUCUGAACUGUCAAUGACAAWUUCAAGGCAGUAUAACGCUGUUAACUGAAUAUAGUAUUUUCUAUUCUUUUUUUAUUUUGUUUUAAGCCUUAAUAUUUUGUAUUAAAAGAUAAAUAUUGCUUUCACUUUGGCAUGAAAGUUUAGUGACAUACAGUAGGCCUUCAAUAGUAUUGCCCCUUAAAAAAAACUUUCACGUAACUAUUUGUCAGAAAAGAACGUGAAUCAACCGGGUUGGGUGGGAUUAAAUGGAAUUGGGAAAUUAGCCUCUUAAACCCUUUACAUUAAAAUAUAGAGUAAAGCACCUUAUUGUAAGAAAACACAUAUAAUUAAUACCAAACCGACCACUGAUGGUGAAUAUUUCUUCAUAGAUUUUGAAAGACAUGCACAUAAGGUUUCCCUAUCAUGUUUUUAUAAUAUAAUUAUUGUUAUUCCUUGUAGUAGUGGUAUUAUGGGAGACCUCUCAUCCAUUCAGUCAGUACUGAUGACUUGGUUGAGUUUGCACUGGUUUAAUGUAGAGGGCUUUUUAGAGAGUCUCACUGUUUUAGAGGCUGUGGGAGAAAUUUGCAUUGUGCUUUAUGAGAAAGGAUUCUGCGCAUCUGUGUGUAUAUAUAUAUAUCAGUAAUUUACAUCCAGUCAAAUGCCUGCUAUAUAAGUGGGAUUUUGAUUAUUUUUACAAGGUGAAAAUAUCCUUUUGAAUUUGUUUGUUUAUGGACUUUUAAGAUCACUUUGAUUUAUAUAUAUAUAUAUAAUGUCCCCUCAUCCUUAAACAUAAAGACAUAUAUUGAUAGGCUACUUAUAUGUAUGGAUCUAAUAAACUUAAGCAUUUCAUCAAGUCAAAUAUAUAGAUAAGAAUACCACAAUACCACAUACUGUAAUGAUGAAUACAGGGCUGUAUUGAUGUUUCCACUGACAUAUACCGAUACAUUCUCUCAAAUAUGUAAAGACAUGUGUUCUAAAAUAUUCCUAGAUCCUUUUGGAUGAAUCAGGUUUUAUGUACAUUAGGAUGAAAAGCAAUAAUGUCAAUACUGCAACAGUAAACAAAAAAGCCAGUUUAGUAAGUUCAUAGAAUUCAGCACUAUCCAUAACGCAACCUUGAUUCAUUUGAAUAUUAUUCCAUUUUUGGUCUAAUAUCUUCUAAAAAUGCAUAUGGAUUUAUGCCAAUGUAGGAUGAGAAAUGUAAUUAAUUAGUAACAGUUUUAGGCACAAUAGCAUGUUUUUGUUGCUUUCCUACGUCUUGCUUUUAGUAARUUUUGACUGCUUAAUCCCGUCUUUUUCACAUUGAAUAUUAAUAAGACUGCAAGUAUACCUCAAAUACAGGGUGUGCCAACACCAGUGCAACCUCAAGAUUUCCUCCUCUUAGUAUAUGUGGAAUUUUGAGAUCACAAUACCUAUUAUUUGGAAGAAACCAAUUGCAUUGUACAAGUAAGCUUUUCAGUGUAAACAUACAAUGCUUUUCAGAAACAUAACAUGAACAAUUGAGGCAUUUCCUGUCUGUCGAAAGCAGGAACUCAUAACAACUUAAAUCACACACUAAAGUAGACACAAUGGUAAGACAGAAGGUUGGAUUAUUUCCAUAGGAUCUGUCGAAGACCUCUUCCAUAUGAACGUAUUCUGAUGCCCAAUGCAUUGAGCCAAACAUUUUCAUCACUUGGGAAAGUAGCAUUUAUUUAACAUGUAUUACUCUGUAUUUAUUCAUGUUUAGGGAGAAACGUUUAUAGUUACCAUAAGCAUAUCAUGAGAAUAUAUUUCAGUUUUUAGAUUGGUUCCAAAACAUAUUUUGUAGCUGAUUUGAUGGCACAAAUUAAUUAUUUCUUUAUGCUGUCUGUUAUAAGUAGUUGUCAUUAUCCAGCAUUUAGCUGAUUUAAAAUAAAAGGUCAAAAGGUAGCCAAAGAACAAAACCUUGGAAGAGGUUCGAGGACAUCUAUAGGAAUGAUAUUGCGAAUCGUAAGCUUACAAUUCUACGAAUGUUAACACAUUUCGACCUUAUCAUAGUUUGGAUUUAUUGAUGAAGGUGGCUGAGGUCAAUACAAUAAUAAUCAGCUUUCAUUUUUAAUAACCCGCUAGUGAUAGUUUUGUCAAAAGUCAUACAGCAUACAAGCUUCAGUCAAUAUCUYUGAAAUGGAGCUUGUCUCAAUAAAGACAUCCUGUUUCAGUUUGGUCUUUUUUUUAUGCUACAGUAGCUUCAGUGAUCGAGUACCCAAUCACUGCCCAAAGACACCAGUCCUAAUGCAUCACCCUCUUAAGUUUUAUUUAUAUUGGUAUUAUUGCCAACUUAGAUUUAUGAAUAAUGAUGUCAAUAAGUUUUGUUUCAUCAUCACAGCUCUUAAUAUGAAAACGCUAGACUUGUCUUGGGAAGUUUAUGUUUCUUCAGAAUGGGGCAGGAACACAUACUAAAUGAGAAAAAUAAGGGUUCGAGAUUUGUCUCGAACUUCAGCUGAAGSGCUAGAUUCGUCUCAAAGACCCCAGACUG